AUGCCAAUGCACCGAAGCGGAUUCGAGCAACAACACAAUCGCCGGGCCUUGGAUGAACGCCGUAGUCUACCCGGGACACUACUAUUGAACAGUGUCCAAGAGAACCAAGCCCGUGUAUCUCCGCAGUUGUCGAAGGACCAUGAUAUCAUCGACCCCGGCCCAUGGCUGCGAGAGCGUGGAUGUUGCAGUGGCAGUGUAAUCCGCGGUAAGAGUGCCAACCGUACAUUACCUCCACAAGAACCGAUAGAAGCACCCAAAGUGCAUUUCACCAAUCUUGCGUUGAUCGGCCUCGUUGCUCCAGGCAUUGCAGCACCGCUCGGUGUCCGCAAUGGCGACGACAGCACUGUCGGGAAACUACCACAGGGGUUCAAUAACGUCGGCUGGGGCGUUGUGACAUGCUUUGGUUCCAUCGGUUGCGGCGGAGACCCAUUGAAGCGCGAAGCGUUGAGCCCGGUCGGAGACGAUCAGUCGCUCUGCGACGCCAUUGGAGGUUGUGACGGAAACCUGGAGACCCCCAACAAGCGUUCGCCACUGGUUAUCGACGUCGACGAGUUGCCGCACCUUUCGCCCGGAGAGAUCAUCGGCAUUGGCCCACAAGUCGAAGAGGAGAAGCGCGAAGCUCAAUUUGCUGAAGCCUGUGUCAUGCCAUACGGUUGCAACGGGGACCCGAAUGACGCACCUGCAGACUUCCCUGACCUUGGCCGACUGGCGGCAGACGAGAAGCGGUCGCCUUCAGACACUGUCUCCGUCAACCCGGAUGAUUUGGUGCACCUGGACCCGGAUGAGAUUUGUGGCUUCAAGGGCUGUGGUGGCGUUGUCGGAGUUGGUCCAGAGGUGGGAGAAGAAGAGAAGCGUGAUGCUGCUCUGUAUGAGCUCUGUGUGAUGCCUUAUGGGUGCAACGGUGACCCGAAUGACGGACCUGCAGACUUUGGCCUUAACGCCUGA